GGCACUACGGUCAGUGCGCGACGCCGCGACUGGGGCUGCAGGUCAGGCGGCACCGGGCCCCGCGCCCCCCUGUCACUCGGCCACCGGACCACGGCGUGGGUGGCCGGCUCGCAGACAUGCUGCUGCUGAAGAAGCAGACGGAGGACAUUAGCAGCGUCUAUGAGAUCCGCGAGAAGCUCGGCUCGGGCGCCUUCUCUGAGGUGGUGCUUGCCCAGGAGCGGGGCUCCUCACACCUGGUUGCCCUCAAGUGCAUCCCUAAGAAGGCACUUCGAGGCAAGGAGGCGCUGGUGGAGAAUGAGAUCGCGGUGCUGCGCAGAGUCAGCCAUCCCAACAUCGUGGCGCUGGAGGAUGUGCACGAGAGCCCAUCGCACCUCUACCUGGCCAUGGAGCUAGUGACAGGGGGUGAGCUCUUUGACCGUAUCAUGGAGCGGGGCUCAUACACGGAGAAGGAUGCCAGCCACUUAGUGGGCCAGGUCCUGGGUGCCGUGUCCUACCUGCACAGCCUGGGCAUCGUGCACCGUGACCUCAAGCCCGAGAACCUGCUGUAUGCCACACCCUUUGAGGACUCCAAGAUCAUGGUGUCCGACUUCGGCCUUUCCAAAAUUCAGGCUGGCAACAUGCUGGGCACCGCCUGUGGGACUCCAGGCUAUGUUGCCCCCGAGCUCCUGGAACAGAAGCCAUACGGGAAGGCGGUGGAUGUGUGGGCGCUGGGUGUCAUCUGCUACAUCCUGCUGUGUGGGUACCCACCCUUCUACGACGAGAGCGACCCCGAGCUCUUCAGCCAGAUCCUGAGGGCCAGCUACGAGUUUGACUCGCCAUUUUGGGACGACAUCUCAGAAUCAGCCAAAGAUUUCAUCCGCCACCUUCUGGAACGGGACCCCCAGAAGCGCUUCACCUGCCAACAGGCCUUACAACAUCUCUGGAUCUCUGGGGAUGUGGCCUCCGACAAGGACAUCCUAUGUUCUGUCAGUGAGCAGAUUCAGAGGAAUUUUGCGCGAACCCACUGGAAGCGAGCCUUCAAUGCCACCUCCUUUCUGCGCCACAUCCGCAAGCUGGGCCAGAGCCCUGAUGGGGAGGAGGGUACCGAGCGGAGAGUGGCCAGCCACAGCCUGCCCGGCUUCCAGCCCAGCCAGACCCCCAAGUGGUGAAGCCCAGGCUGAUCGAGGCCCGGGCAGGCUGUGACGACCACCAGCCCCUCCUGCUUCCUUCAGUCCCUUCCCUGCUCCUAGCCCUGGGGCUGGCCUCUGCCGGAGAGUUCCAGAAGCUCCUCCUUGCACAGAGUGCCGAGGCCUGCUCUGGGGGAAGAUGGCGCAUGUGUGCAGGGGCCCCCUAUUCUGCCGUCGGAUGCUUGGCUAUGGUUGUCCUGUGCUUCGCUUAUGCCGUGGCCUCCAGUCCCCUUGCCCCCCAUUCAAUAAAGACAGACAGCA